AUGGAGAUGCUCCAGGGUCUGGCUGGCCCUGAGACUCUGGCCUUGUCCCAGGGGCUGCUGCUGUGGCUGCUGCUGAACGUGGGUGGGGUGUGGGCAUCCAGGGGGCCACUACGGCCGCUGUGCCGGCCCAUCAACGCCACCCUGGCUGCCGAGAACGAGGCCUGCCCGGUCUGUAUCACCUUCACCACCACCAUCUGUGCCGGCUACUGCCCCAGCCUGGUGCGAGUGCUGCCGGCCGUCCUGCCGCCUGUGCCCCAGCCGGUGUGCACGUACCACGAGCUGCGCUUUGCCUCCAUCCGGCUCCCUGGAUGCCCGCCUGGCGUGGAUCCCAUGGUCUCCUUCCCUGUGGCCCUCAGCUGUCGCUGCGGGCCCUGCCGCCUCAGCAACUCCGACUGUGGGGGUCCCAGAGCCCAACCCUUGGCCUGUGACCGCCCCCCACUCCCGGGCCUCCUGUUCCUCUAAGGAUUCCCCCACACACACCCCAACUCCUGGAGCCAGCAGAUGCUUCUUUCCUCCCCUCCUAAUAAUAAAGGCUUCUCAA